AUGCUUUCCAGCGACAACGCACAAACCCACGUAGAGAAGAAGGAGGAAGCCAUGAACCAAUCCAACUCGUAUUCGGUGCCACCCAAUCUCACACUAGAGAUGGUGGCGGCAAAGGAAAAAGAGUUGGAGGAACGUCGCGAAGCGAUAAUUAGGCGGCAGCGUAAUAUCGCAGUGGAAGUGGGACCACAGCCCAAUUUCCCUCCAAGGUUUUUGUGCAUCAGGCCACAGAUAUAUCACAAUAUUAAGGAACAGGUACCAGUGCCGUUGCAGCGUUUUAUGUACAUUCUUUGUGGAUUGUACAUCAGUUUACUUGUACUGAUUGUUUACAACAUUGUAUGUGCCUUUGUAAACUUUAUAUUGGGGGGAAACCCCAUGCACUUUGGACUUUCGUUCCUGUAUCUUCUAGGUAUUCCUGGUGCAUUCAUUGUAUGGUACUACAAUGCUUACUGUGCAACCACGACCGCCUCGCGGCCCAGGAAGCUACUGGCAUACCUGGGACUCUUUUUUGGUUUGGCCUUUGACGCUUGGAUGGCAGUUGGUGUCUCUGGCUUUGGUGGCUGUGGAUGGAUCAUAACACUUGGAAUAACGUCACGUGUGCCUGCCUUCAUCAUGUGCUUGAUUUCCUCUAUUCUUUGGUCACUGCAUGGAGUCCUUCUUUUUGUGAUGCUCCUGCGCUUUUGGCGCUAUAAUCCAUCUGGCGGAACUUCUCGGUACGAAAGCAGGGGGCUUUAG